UCCCUUCUCUCCGCACUGGCUUCUUGUGCAAAAAAUGUUUUGCUUUUUUUGAAAAAACCACUGUAGUUUUCUAUGAGGACCCUAAACAAUUUGUUUUUUUUGGCGUUUUUUGCGUGGUUUGUCGGUUCUGGUCACACAACCGAUUGACGUCGGCAUUACGCACCCAUCCGCCGCCGUCUGCACGCACGUCUGUCCGCCCUCUCCUUCGCUUCCGAACCCUCGACUCUAUCUAUCAUGAAGAGUGACUUCUUGGGCGCGACCAUUGCCAUCUCCGCCGCCAUCGGCUCCAACCUCGGCGUCAACGUGCAGAAACGGUCGCAUGAUCAGGAAGAUGCCAAAGCCAAGCACCUGCAGCGCCCGUACACCAAGCGCCCAUACUGGUGGCUCGGGAUGUUUCUCGUCGUGUUUGGUUCCCUUGGGGAUCUGUUCGCGCUCGGGUUUGCUCCGCAGACCCUCGUCGCUUCGCUGGGCGGCGGGUCCACGAUCGUCGCCAACGUGCUGUUCGCGCACUAUUGGUUGAAGCAACCGCUGUACUUUACGGACGUGGUGGGCGUCGUGCUCGUAUCCACGGGAGUUGUCGUCCUCGCGCUGUCCUCGUCGGAAGAAGGGCACUACGAAGUUGCCCAACUGUUUGAGAUGAUGCGUGCGCCUGCGUUCAUCGUGUAUACGAUCUGCACGUCGAUCUUUGUGUCGUUCUUGGUCCUCCGCGUGCGCCGCAGCACGUCUCCUGCCCUUCGCGUGGUCGACGUCACGGAAGAAGUGCGGAAGAAGGAACUCGCGGACCUCGAGAAGAGUGUGCAGGAUGCUGAGACGUCGUCCACUACCUCUGCCACCUCCACCCUUCGUCCGUCGAGCAGCACUUCGAGCACCGAACACCACAUGUCUCCGUUUCCCUCUCCCGUCGUCGACGUGGUCGAAGACAAGUGCUUGAUUGACGACGACAGCACCACGCCUUCGUCGAACGGUGGCAAAAUCCUCGUGUCCCAGAAGCAUUCCCUCGUCAUCGACAAGCAUCUGCCGCUGUAUUGGGCCGCGAUUUCCGGCACAUUGGGCGCCCAGUCGGUCCUCCUUGCCAAAUGUGUCAUGGAACUGAUCAACAUGAGUUUUAUCGGCGAAAACCAGUUCAUCUAUCCUGGAACGUGGAUUUUGCUGGCUGGUAUGGUGGCAUGCUUGUUGAGUCAGACCCAUGCCCUGAACAAGGCGACGAUGUGCGGCGACACGAUGUCUGCGUACCCCGUCUUUCAAGCGUUUUGGAUUGGCAUGAGCAACAUCAGCGGUAUUGUGUUCUUUCAGCAAGCGCACAACUUCAACGCAACACAAUGGAUCAUGUUUCCCACUGCGCUGGUGCUGGUCAUGGUGGGGAUUUUGUUGAUUGCCAAGCAUGAAAAGAUGGGCAACCCCGUCAAGUACUCUGUCGCGAUGCCGCUGCAGCUGAGCAGUCCUCGCCAGCAUGAUAUUGUCGCGCAGUCGUUCUUGUUCAAGGAGAUGACCCCCCAGCAAGAUCACGGCCUCGUGGAGAUUCCGCUCGUGGACGACGCCAUCCCCACGACCGCCGCCGCUGUGUAGAACCCACGUUGCUGAGUCAUCGCCAUAUUUAUGACCCGGUAAUAACAUGGAUGUGUUUGUUUCCUCACCAGUGGAUUCAAAGACCAACAUUCACGAAAAUACGAA